CAUUACAAACACCCCAUCAGCAUCCUAAUCAAUUAUCCGCUCCUUGCCGAGCCAUCUUAGAGACUAGGGGAGACCUGAGAUAAAUCUACAAGUCACUGCGCCAUGAACAUCUACACCCUUCAYAAGGAAGGCUCUUUCCAACCGCCACCACCUGAGGGGGACAACGAAAUAUUGGGACUCAUCCAAUCUACGAUUCGAAAUGGUAACAAUAGUUCAUCAAAUUUGCCGACCGUCGUAGAAGAAACAACGAACCAGGGUAAAAGCUCGUCCCACACCUCGAAGACAGGUCGCAGCGGGGAGUCGGUUUCUUCUUCCGGAGACAAGACAGCUCACCACAAAAACAAUAGUGCCCGGAAUGGCAACCGACGAUUGGACGAUACAUAUGGCGACAUCGACGGUGAUCAAGGGGGAGCCGAGAACACAGCGGUCCCGAAAACAAAUAGCUUAGGGGGAGCGUCACCUUCGUCUUCCGGAAAGAGGGAGUCCGGCUCCAGAUUGGCCAACAAAUUAAACAACAGCGCCCAGGAUUUGAGAAACAGCCUCUAUUCUGCAAACAACUACGGAAAUCAUAAAAAAUUCGYCUCCUCCCUCAUCGAGAUCCAAGCCAAGAAUGAAUUUAUGGUCUUCGACAACGACACUGAUUUAGUAUCCCAUCUCACGAAUCCACCUGAAAUUCGAACGUCGCCGCUCGAAGACGAGAUUCUUAUCGUCGAUCUCGAAGAAUUCGCAGAACUCGACGACCAGGUCUCYGCCGUUUCUCUUCCUAAAGCUCUAAAGAAAAGCAAGUCCAAAAAGAAAGGCUCUAGCAGUUGCAAGUCGCGCAGCAACAGUAGCAGGCAAAAYUUUGAUGAGGACGGCAACAGACUAGAUAGGAGAAAGAGCAUCAAAAAGUCAUCGAGCAAAAGAAAAUCCAAGUCGACUAAAUCAUUGUCGGUAACAGGACAAGACACGAAAGAARCCAAAAAAUCUUCUACAGCUCGACAAGCAAAGGGAAAAGUGGAACGAAAAUUGGAGGUGAGCAGAGAAAUUAAAUCGGUCAAAUCACUUCCUACGAUGGAAGCAGAAGAUACCGAAGGGAUAUACCAGGCGAAUUCGCAUCAAGAAUUGUCAGCAACUGAUAGAAUGAUAAGGUCGGUCAAUUCAGAACCGAUAAUGGGUGGAGAAGAGAACGAACUACCACAAAUUCGCCCGCCUACGUUUUGUCGGGGGGAAAAUAGUAUCCCAGAUAAAAACGAUAGUUCCCACAAGUCUCAUGCUAGCAGUGGAAAGGUCAGUUCCAAAACUCUAGGAUCCACGAGGCGUGGGGGGAAGAGACACAAACAAAAAUCAAAAGAAACAUUACAAGAAGAUUCCGAUGAUGUUCAAAAUCUAGGUCAGUCUUUGUUUCGUAAAACGAGUAGCAAGAAAAAGAGCUUAGCUGGAGCGACAGACGAAACCAAGACCGGAGGAGAGUAUAUUGAAACGAUAGGAACGAUAGAUCAACAGCUCGUCCAUAGUACAUUAAACGGCACUAAUGCGAUGGAAGAUGACCAACGAUCAUUCGGCAUGCUUAACGAAGCCAACGAGACCUCAAAAACGCAUGGCGAACGCAGCACACAGGAUGAAUACUUGAUGAUGUUUGAUUCCGAGGGGAACGAGAAGAAGAGCAAUUUAUCCAACGAAGAGUAUCCAUUAUCCCCUUGCAAUAGUAAUUUGCGGGACCAUAGCAACGCCUCAAGAAGUAGCUAUCACGAGGACAACAUCUAUGAUGCCGAGGAGGAUUACAGUGUGGAUGAAAUUCAAGGACAGCAAGAAAACCACAUCAAAUCUGGCGAUAUCCACCAAGAGUUUGGGCCCACGCUGGGUGCGCAGACGACGCAAUCAUUGCCGUCGUCGACUUCCGACAAGACUACGUUGCUUAAAAAGUGGUGGCAGCGGUCGUCCAAGACCAUUUUCAAGAAGAAGAAAAAAGACCGAACAACCACCACCGAGAUUGGUAGACCAUCGGAUCAUUCCCAACAACACCUGAUCAAACAUGCGGUCAGGUCGUGGUGAGCCGAAUAUGCGAUAGGGCGAUGACGGCGCGUUGACUUCAACGGCCUCAAGAAAAGUAACUUUUUCCA